ACUCGCUAUGGACAGCGCAGGGCCGCAGGGGCCGCGCCUGGGCCGGGCUCCCUACACGGUUCUGCUGUUGCCGCUGCGGAGCAGCCGCAGAGACCCCGGGGCCCAGAGCUUCUUCCUCUGGCUGCAGAGAAUGCAGGCCCUGGAGAGACAGCAGGAUGCCCUGUGGCAGGGGCUAGAGCUGCUGCAGCGUGGCCAGGCCUGGUUCCAAGACUGCCUGAGGGAGGCACAGCGACAGCAGCUGCGUCUGGGGGCCCUUGGAGAGGACUUCCUGACGGACUCGCACUCAGAGCCCUGCGGCCCCCCACUAGCAGAGAUUCAGAAGGUGAACAGCGGUUUGCAGAAUGUGAUUCAAGGCAAGGAGCUGGCCGGGCAGCAGGGAAGAGCCACCAAGGGCGACGGGGAGAGGGCUCGGCCGGGCUGCGCGCCGGGCUGGAGGGGCCCUACCCUCGUGUAAGCCCUCAGCCCUGGGUGGGCCUGCGGGGGCCGGGUGAGGCACAGCGCCCUCCCGGCCCCGCCUGAACCCCACGGCCCACCAGGGGCUCCU